AUGAUGCUUAAACAAAUAUUAAAAACAACAUACAAUUCAUCUGUUUCUAAUACAAAGAAAUUAUUUUGGGUAACUCGUUAUUCAUUAGGAAAAACUUUAUCAAAAGAAUUAUUAAUUGAACAUGAAUUUGCUAAUGAUGAGACUCGACAUCGUUUAAUUGAAUUACAUACACCAAUUGAAAAUGAGAAAAAAUAUCAUUUCUUAUUAGCAACAGUAGCUUUAGUUCUCAAUCCACUGAUUGGAUUGAUUGCAUGUAUUUUGAUCUAUAUGGCUAAACGACGAUCUGAAUAUAUGUUAAAGAAUUAUGAAAAUAUUACCUAUGAACGAACUGCUGCUCGAUAUGCAUUUAUUUCUUACAUUCUUAGUAUAAUCUCAAUAGGUCUUACAGUUAGUAUAAUAACUGCUGUAUUACUCUACUUUUUUGUUCGUGAUCUGAAAAUUAUCAAUCGAAAUCCGUUAAAUAGUAUUCGAUAUCAAGAUGUACCAUCGUCGGAUCAUAUUGAUACUGUCAAUAAUCAGCAACAAGAACAAGAUAUUAAUGAUUAUGAAGAUGAAGAAGUGAAAAAAUGA